AUGGACAGCACUAAGCUCUCUGUAUUACUCUUGAAUGCUUUCCUCUUAAGCCUGUCUUGUGCUGAGGAUGAGAUAGCACCUCUAUCCUGCCCAGAGUACCAAGAGAGCUUUGACGGCUCCUGCUAUGAGUUUGUAGGUCCACCUCGUUCGCGUUCCUUCCUCAGUGCACAGGGUUGGUGUGAGCGAGGUGGUGGACACCUGGCCUUCAUUUUAAACGACGAAACACAGCAGUUCCUACAGAAGCACCUGCAGACGGAGCAGGAUUGGUGGCUGGGUCUGGCACCUGCCUCCUCAAACCUAACACUGGACUCUGCUGCUGCUGAGGGUCCUCUCUCCUGGCUUGAUGGCUCUGAUGUCAGCUACUCUAACUGGGUGAACGACCCUGAUCCAGGGGCUGGCUGUGGUCACAUACUGAGGAGGUCAGGGUUUCAGUGGGAGGCAACAAGCAACUGUAGCCAGGAGCUGCACUUCAUCUGCCAAUUUGAAUCUGGGCGCUCCAUUGCUUGUGCUGCCCACAAUGCAACACUACAGUGUGGUUCUGGUCAGGUGAUAGAGAUUGAUGAUAGCUUCUAUGGUCGUAAGACGGUUCACUACUGCCGGACGAGUCCCACUUCUUCAGCCACCUCCACACAGGAGGAGUGUAGCUGGAUAGAUGUUGUACAUUCAGUGACAGGAGACUGCCGUGGGCUGCAGGCGUGCCAGGCCACGGCAGAUGUGGCCUCUUUUGGUGAACCAUGCCCAGGGCUUGGAAGCUACCUGUCUGUGGAAUACAACUGCAAAGAUGGUCUCCACUUAUUAAUGAGCAAGUUGGCUGCCGUCUUUGACAAUGUCUCCAUAACAGUGAAGUGGCUUCUCCAUCCCUUCCAGGGCAACCUGACCUGCACUCUAAGUGCUGGAGAUGGGCACAACAUUGAUCCUUAUAGUCCAGAAGAGUUGGAGAGCAGUGUGGUUCAUAAAUACACCCGUCCAGGUGUCUUCAUAGUUGGGGUGGAGUGUACCACCAGUGAGUGGCAUGUGACAGCUCAGAAAGCCAUCACCAUUCAGGAGCCCAUCGGGGAGUUUGGCGUCAUUAAGUGCUAUAGCAUGAACCAAUCAACAGAUGGAGCAAACUGCAAGGCCCUGUAUGGCAGUCCCCUUCAAAUCCAGGUUGAAGUAGAAGCUGGUACGAAUGUGACCUACAAAGUCCACCGUGGUGAGAUGUUGGUGGCCAAUUCAUCAGCAGUCAGAGGAAUCGUCCCCCACAACAUCACAGUGGGACCAGAGGUGGAGCAACAACUGGGCUCUGGCUGCCACCAGCUGACCCUGCAUGCCUCUAACGGGGUCUCGGUCUUGGGCAUGUCCACUGAGCUGCAGGUGUGUCUGCUGGAGCCAGUGGAGGGCCUGCUGGGAUCAGUGAUGGCUGAGGAGGGGGAGUGUCCAGACUCAGACCUCUAUGUUAGUGUCUCCCUGGACCGGGGGUCCCCGGUGCAGCUUCUCUUCCAGGUGUCUGGAGCUAACGACAGCAUCUCUGAGACCAGAGACAUGCAAAACAGCAGCAUGCAGGUUUACAAUAUCUCAACCACUAUCCAAGGUAAGACGACACCUGGCGUUGUCAAGUACACCAUUCAGAUACCAGGUGUUGCAACACUUGCACCUGUUGCCACUAACAUACCGCCUGCUACCUUACCGGCUGCUACCACCAUCCUACCGGCUGUUACUACUCGUCCAUCUGCUACUACAAUACCUGUUGCUACCAUCCCACUGGUAGCUACUACCCUACUGGCUGCUACCACCAUAGCGGCAACUACUACUGUAUCUGUAACUGUACCUGAAAGAACAGCGCCAACUACCAUCACCAGCCUCCAUUCCUGUGUAAUUUCCCCUCAGUCAGGCACAGUUCUAGAUGCUUUCAAUAUCACCUGUGCAACAACCUCCUGCUCCACAGGCAAAUGCCAAUAUUGUUUCAAAACUGACAAAGAUAAACAUUUGCGCUGCAGUUAUGGAAAUGAAGUCAAGUCAAUCUUCCUACCUCUCGGGAACAAAAGUUACAACUACAGUCUGUCUGUGGUGGUUACUCUAACAAAUGGGGAAAGAAAAACCAAUGCCACAAUCACCACUGAGGUGUGGCCAGCCAACUCCAGUUCCUCAGUGGAGAAUCUGCAGUCUGUGGUUGAGAACACUGUCGCUCAGCUACAGCAGCAGGGGUUGCUCACUGGGGAGACCCUAGGACAGAUGUUCAAGUCUGUGUCCGACAUUCUGAACAAGGGCUCCAGUGAGGAUCAGAAAGGUGCCAGGGAGGAGCUGCGAGAACAGAUGCUGAGCACCAUGACUGCAGUGCUGAAGAAUGUCCCCAACAACACUCCUCAGGAAGUGGAGCUGACGGCCAGAGCAGUGGCAGGGAUCACCAAGAGGAGGGAAGAGGUCAAUUCCGCUGCUCAGCUAGAAGCUAGCUCCCUGGUGGCAGACCUCAGCUCUUCCCUCCUCUAUAUGAAUGUCAGUGAGCAUGGUGGACAAGAGAUGGUGCAGGCAGCUACACCAAUUGUAGAGGCAGCCAGCAAUAUCCUGGGAGUCCCUUCAAAUGCAAGCACACAGAGAAAGGUCUCAAAGACUAUCCUGAACAGUAUGGACAAUGUGCAGAGUGCACUGUUAAAUGGUAAAAAGGUUGGUCAGGAGCCUGCCAUUAUCAAGAGCCCUGAGAUCAGUGUGUAUGCUAACAGGAUGUCUGCAAAUAGCAUUCAGAUGCAGUCUAUAAACAUCCCAGAUAGCUCCUCUGCAAGCUUUUCCUUCCCUCCCCUGGGUGCUGAUGUCCUUUCUCCAGAGGAACCAGUGGAUGUGCGAAUGCUGAGUUUUGAGAAGAACCCUUAUUCUUGGAGUGAGGGGGGUAACAUCAGUGGUGCCAUGGGGUCUGUGACACUCACCAGACAGGAUGGAUCAGCCAUCCCUGUGGAGAACCUGUCUGAGGAAAUUGAGAUCCUCUUGCCGAGACUUGAAGGCGGGCAGGUAAACAGCACAAUCCUUGACCUGGGAAACUACAGCACACUGAUGAUUGACGUCCCUUCACCAGACAUAACACUGGUGCUAAAGAUGGAGCCCUCAGAGGACAUACCAUUUGUACUGUUGCUGGGGUAUAAAGACUACCCAAAGGACAAGCAAUAUGUAGCCAAGACGCAGAUGCCUCAUCAAGGCAAUUCACAAGAGAGAUACACCUGGGUCCUGGGUCCCAAUGAUUUGACAGGAAAAGUUGGGGUGCAUUACCUUGUGGUGAGGCCCAUUGUAGAAGCAGGGGUUAAAUCCGUCAAUGCCACUGUGACUGUCACCUCCAUUGCUGCCCAGUGCAAGUAUUGGAAUGAAACCUUAUCCACCUGGAGUGAAGAUGGCUGCAGGGUCGGUCCUUUAACCACGUCAUUGGUCACUCAGUGCUUAUGUAACCAUUUGACCUUCUUCGGGAGCUCUUUCUUCAUCAUGCCCAACCUUGUGGAUGUGUCCCGUACCGCUGAGCUCUUUGCCACCUUCUCAGACAACCCUGUGGUGGUGUGCUUUGUUGGUGCCAUCUUCAUUGCUUAUCUCUUGGUGGUUGUGUGGGCACGCAGGAAGGACAUCAAGGACAUAGCCAAGGUGAAGGUAACAUUGUUGGAAGAUAAUGACCCCUUGGCUGAAUACCGUUACAUGCUGAAUAUCAGCACUGGGCAUCGGCGUGGUGCUUCCACCUCCUCUCAGGUUACUGUGACUCUGCUGGGCACGGAGGGAGAGAGUGAGCCACACCACCUCGCUGACCCUGACAAGCCUGUGUUUGAGAGGGGUGCAGUGGAUACGUACCUGUUGACCACACCCUUCUCUCUGGGGGAGCUGCAGAGCAUCAGGCUGUGGCAUGACAACUCAGGGGGGCACCCUGCCUGGUAUAUAAACAAAGUGACGGUGCAGGAUCUAGAAACUGGACAGAAGUGGCACUUCCUGUGUAACUCAUGGCUGGCCAUAGAUAUGGGCGAGUGCAUCCUUGAUAAAGUCUUCCCUGUUGCCUCUGACAUAGAUUUGAAGAAAUUCAGUAAUCUGUUCUUCAUGAAAACGGCAAAGGAUUUCCGUGAUGGCCACAUCUGGUUUUCUGUGAUCAGCCGGCCUCCAACGAGCACCUUCACAUGUGUCCAGCGAGUCUCCUGCUGUUUCUCUCUGCUGCUGUGUACCAUGCUGACCAGCAUCAUGUUCUGGGGCAUCCCUACCGAUCCCUCUGAGCAGACCAUGGACCUGGGUCAUAUCGAGUUCACCUGGCAGCAGGUGAUGAUCGGCGUUCAGAGUUCAAUCAUAAUGUUUCCAAUUAAUCUCCUCAUUGUGAGUAUCUUCAGAAACACCCGCCCCCGAGAGACGAAGCCUGGAAAGCCCAAGGCAGAGGUGUCCAAGCAGGGGAAGACUGGCAGAGUGACUCCUUCACAGCCUCCGUCCCCACAGAGGGAGAGAGAACUCACACCAGACACUGUCAUAAAGGACAUAAAGAAGAUUGCUCAGUCACUCUCCAAGGCUAUGAAGAGCCCCAUUCCACACCUGGAGUUAGAGAUGAAGCCUGGACAACAAACUGAUAUCAACUCUAUGCUCUCUCUGGUGGAGGACAUCAUCCGGCAGCAGAACCGAGCCAGUGGAGAGUUCUACACUGAUGCCUCCAAGAAAGAGGGAUCGCUCAUUCUCUCACUAGGGGUAACCAAUCUGCAAGAGACCAGCCUGUGUGGGAGCCCUGAGAAGACUGGGGAUGGGAGACAGAAAAGGAGCAACAACAGCCAAUAUCUGUACAGGCAGCUACACCAUGUAGAGAAGGAGCUGAGCCUACUGGGACCUUCUCGCUUCCCCAACCCAGACAGCUACUGCCGGGCAGUGCAGCAGGUCCAAGGCAUGAGGGGUCUGCUAGAGUCCCACCUCUCCUCUUCCAGCCUGGGAGGGGACCAGCUGUCUCAAAGCCCCAGCCCGGCAGAGAGCAGUGAGGGAGACAGCAGUAGUAAGAAGCAGGGCGGGCUGCCCUGGUGGUUUGUGUUUAUUGGCUGGAUUCUGGUGUUAGCCACCAGCGGAGUAUCAGGAUACUUCACCAUGAUGUAUGGGUUGACCUAUGGGAAGGACCGCUCUAUAAGCUGGCUCAUCUCCAUGGUCGUGUCUUUCUUUGAGAGCCUCUUUAUCACUCAGCCGCUGAAGGUGCUUGGUUUUGCAGCCUUCUUUGCUCUCGUUCUGAAGAAAGUUGAUCAGGAGGACUAUGGGGAUGCAAAGUUUGAGGGGGAGCUCCGAAACCCAGAUGACCCUGAUGUGGUGCAGGCUGUCAGGAGGGAUAGCACAUGCAGCUUCUACCAGCCCCCUCCUCCAACAGACAUCGAGAGGAUGAAGAGCAACAUGAUCAAGGAGCAGAAGGUCUUUGCCCUAAUCAAAGAGAUUCUCACCUACAUGGGGUUCAUGUGGAUGUUGCUCCUGGUGGCAUAUGGCCAGCGGGACCCUAAUGCUUACUUCCUGACUCAGCACAUUCGGCAGAGUUUCAGCCAAGGGAUCUCAGACAGCAUGAGUCACAAAGAUGUGUUCACCUGGGCCAAUACCUCUCUUCUCAGCAACCUCUUCGGAGAGUACCCAGGUUUCAUCACUGAUGGGAACUCCAAACUGGUUGGUAAUGCCCGACUUCGCCAGGUGAGGGUGCAGAAGAACUCCUGCCGCAUCGCCCGCUCCAUGUGCCAGGCUGUACCGGACUGCCAUGCUCCAUACUCAUGGGAGGUGGAGGACAUGGGCUCCUAUGGGCCAGGCUGGAACCGCUCUGCGAGCGAAUACGCCUCAAAGACCCUCCACAGUCCCUGGCAGUACCAAACCCAGGCCAGACUCAGAGCCCAACCCACCUGGGGCAGUGUGGUCCUCUACAGGGGAGGGGGGUAUGUGGUGGACCUGGGCCCAGAGUCACAGAAUGCUAGCAGUACCCUUCAAUAUCUGUUUGACAACACCUGGCUUGAUAUGUUCACCCGAGCAGUUUUUGUAGAGUUCACUGUGUACAAUGCCAAUGUCAACCUCUUCUGCACUGUCACACUCAUGCUGGAGACCACAGCUGUAGGAGCGUUCCAGUUUCGCAGUGAGCUGCAGAGUGUCCGACUAUACCAGUCCACCGGUGGACUCCAUAUCUUUGUCAUGGCAUCUGAGGUCAUCUAUUUCCUCUUUAUCCUCUACUAUAUGUAUGUUCAGGGAAAGCUGAUGAAGCUGCAGAAGUGGGAUUACUUCAAGACAAAGUGGAACCUGCUGGAGCUCGCCAUCAUCCUCCUGAGCUGGAGCGCGCUGUCUGUCUUCAUUAAGAGGACCCUGUUAGGGAACCGGGACAUGGAGUACUACCACAACCAUAAAGACCAGUUUGCCAGUUUCCAUGAGACAGCCACAGCAGAUGCAGUGCUGGGGUAUCUGAUCGCAUUCCUGGUGCUACUGGCUACAGUCAAACUGUGGCAUCUGCUGAGGCUCAACCCCAAGCUACACAUGAUCACAGCCACACUGCAACGGGCCUGGACUGACAUAUCAGGCUUCCUCGUGGUCAUCACCAUUAUGUUCCUGGCCUAUUCUAUCGCUUCUUAUCUAAUGUAUGGCUGGAAGCUGUACUCAUAUAGGACUCUCCUGGAUGCUGCUCUGACCAUGGUCAGCUUACAACUGGGCAUCUUUAACUAUGACGAGGUUCUUGAUUACAACCCGGUGCUUGGUGCGUUCCUCAUCGGCUCCUGCAUUAUAUUCAUGACCUUUGUGGUUUUAAACCUGUUCAUCUCAGUCAUCCUGGUGGCGUUCACUCAAGAGCAAAUACAUCACAAGCCCUCAGAGGAGGAGGAGAUAGUGGAUCUGAUGCUGAUGAAGCUCUGCAGCUUGUUUGGAAUCAAAAUGAAGAAGGAGGAGAAAGAAGACAGUGACAGCCCCAAGGAGAAUGGCAUGACUGCCUCAGCAACUAACAAAGGAUUCUCCACUAUAUCAUCAUAGAUGUUACUUCUAAGUACUGGUGAAUCACUCUGUAUGUAUUCAUAGUGAGCUGUCAUUUUCAUUUCUGUUGCUUUCUAGGAGCGGUGAUGCUUUUGUUGACUUGUUGCCUCUAGCUGUUCAAUUAUCUAACAUAUCACGCAUAAAUGAGGCUAUUUGUGCCAUUUUGUGAUCUAAUGCAAAGCUUUAAAAAGAAGUUAGAGGAAAUAACAGCUCCUUCUGUUACCUCACACAGUCAGAAAUACACAUAUGUAUGGUUACUAUGGUAACAUGUUAGGAGACAACAAUGAGGAGAGAAGGAUACAAAGAUAAUUCCAAUGUUGUUCUAUUAGUAUUAUGUUUGUUGUGAAAUUAAUAAAAAUGGUUGAAACAUUAACCAAAUGAGCUGUAUAAGAAUAAAAAACAAUAAGACUUAUGUGGAGUAGAUA